AUGUACGGAGACUUGGGAAUGAAGCUGGUGCAACACGCCAAAAGGACGCAGAACCUCGCUCAUCUACCACCAUAUCAGGCGGAGCUUGUUCGUUCAGUAACACGAGAAGUCAGAGAUCUCGACAAAGAUGUCAAGGAUCUCCUUGAACCGUUUCACGGCUCCUUCGACCCUGCCGCGGACCAGGCUGUUGCUUGCACCCUCCUCGUGAACCAUCUAUCAAUGCGGCGCAACAAGCGGUGUCUACUGGCAUACCAUAGAACGCGAACGGACAAGCUGGAAGAACUAGUUUGGAACGGCUCGGACGUUGUUGAUCUUUCUGGCCAGCAAGUACGCGAUUCGAGCAGCGCGACAAACGGCGCGCCUCCAGCUGGAGAUUCUUCGACGAGCAGUCUCAGUCCCCAGGAAGAGGAAUACGUGCGGCAGUACAGUGAUUUGCUGGCUGCUUACAAGGGUCAAUGGACUGACAUUGAUCUAACUGGCAGUUUGGAACCACCGCGGGAUUUGUUCAUCGAUGUGCGGGUGCUUAAGGAUGCUGGUGAAAUCCAGACGGAAUAUGGUGCCAUUACUUUGACGAAGAACAGCCAGUUUUACGUUCGGCAAGGCGAUGUCGAGCGGCUGAUUGCCCAGGGAUACCUUCAAAAGUUGAGUUGA